GAACGUCCCUCGCACCCGGUCAGCGGAUGCCCCGCAGUCGGAGACGCGGCGAUAACGGUCUCACCAGGAAGCAGCGUGUGUAUAUCCAACUGAGGGAUCCCGGCGUAUUUCGUGCACUGGGGCUGGUGCGUCGCGGCGGAACACUCGCAGAAGCUCGGAAAGGAGAACGCGCACUCACAACCGUACGAGGCUCUCCUCCUCAGCCGCCCGUAGGACACUGUCCAUAGUCGCUCUCAGUCAGGGACAUGUUCCUGACGGUGCCACCGCGUGGCGACUCCAUCACUCAAAGUAUCGUCACGGUAAAUCCGAAUCCGAGUUAAAAGUGUGCAAUUAUCGGCGCCAAGACGUUCAAUCGAGUCGCGGGAGAAAACAUGAAGAGUCUGCGCUACCUGGGCUUACUGUUUAUUCUGCUCUCGGCGAUGGAAAAAUACGGACAGGCCGGCGUAUUGAGCGACAAGACGAAGAAUUUGUUCGGACUUUUCGGCAAUAAGCCGCCUUCCACCGACAAGCCGCCUUCCUCUUCCGAUGAGCCCUGUUACUGCAGUUGUGGGGUACGGAACGGAGAAAGUCGUAUAGUCGGGGGGCAGACGACGAGCGUGAAUGAGUUUCCAUGGAUAGCUAGAUUAUCGUACUUAAACAAAUUUUACUGCGGAGGCACGCUUAUAAAUGAUCGCUACGUGCUCACGGCCGCGCACUGCGUGAAAGGAUUCAUGUGGUUCAUGAUUAAGGUCACUUUCGGGGAACACGACAGAUGUACCGAGAAAGGACCGGAAACGAGAUACGUGGUGCGCAUCAUGACCGGUGACUUCAGCUUCCUAAAUUUCAACAAUGACAUCGCGCUCCUCCGCCUGAACGAGAGAGUGCCGUUGGGCGACACGAUACGGCCGAUAUGCUUGCCAUUGAUGUUGAAUAACGAGUACGUGGGGACAAACGCGAUCGUGUCAGGCUGGGGUACGUUGCAAGAAAACGGUAAACCGUCCUGCCUCCUUCAGGAAGUGGAAGUACCGGUCAUGAGUCUUCAGGCUUGCCGUAAUACCAGCUACAGUCCCCGCAUGAUUUCGGACAACAUGUUGUGCGCGGGUUAUCGGGAAGGGAAGAAGGACUCGUGUCAGGGAGACAGUGGCGGACCUUUGAUAGCGGAGCGCGAGGACAAAAAAUACGAGCUUAUCGGCAUCGUUUCCUGGGGAGACGGGUGCGCGCGGAAAAACAAACCGGGUGUAUACACGAGAGUUACGCGAUACAUGGAUUGGAUCCUGAAGAAUUCAAGAGACGGCUGCUUCUGCGAGCAUAACUGA